AAAACUGGGAAAAUCAGGAAAUUAUCAUGGUGAAUACAAUUUUUGGUUAGAAUUUAGUUCUACUUAUAGUUAGAAAGUAUUUGAGCAUAGCUACUGUAGAAUUAUUAAAUAGAGUAUUUUUUAAUGUAUGAUGGUGAUAUCAAAUACCAUGGCAAUUCCAUAUUCAUAUACCAUGCUAUUUACUUCAGAAAAUACUAUGGUAUUACCAUAAUGACUAAAAAGCAUUAAAAAAAAUUUUUUUGAGCAUAAACUAAUACAAAAAAAAAAAAACACAAUUCUAAAAAUAAAUCUAAAUGGUAGGAAAGUUCUUAAACACUGAUUAUGGACUAUAUCAUCGAAAAAGAUUUACAUUACAAUAGAUAAUAAAGAUAAUUAAUCCAAAAACAAACAAAGCAAAGCAAAGUGGACUAAAAUGCAGUUCAAAAAAUAAACAGAAAUCAGUACCUGCUCAGGGACCCACCUGUUCCAAUCUGAGAUUGCACCUUCUUUCCUUCUACCUGCUUGUAUUCGGUUCAGUUACUUUUGUGGACACUUUUAAUGGCGUCAAACCUGUUUGUCAUCGCCUUUUUUAUUUUUUUUUGGUUAUACAGGCCGCAUGAGAUGGGAUGGGCAAUGUCACUCCCUGUGUUUUCACCGCCAAGUACUUUCAGUUAUUCCAUAUGACAUUUUAUUGAAAUGAUUGCGAAAUGAAUCUAGGAGUGUCUACAUUAAAGAAAACGGUGACAGCUGCCACUGCUAUUUCCAGAACACUUCAGUUUACAAAGUUUGCAAACACUGCUACUUGGUAUAAAGUGGUACCUACUGGUUUUCUUUUGAUAAAGAAUAUUUAAUUUAAUAUAAAAAAUAUCAGUCCAAGCCACUCAAAGUAGGAUUUGUAUAUAAAAAGUAUUUAUUAAGUCAUGUCUGUAGAGAUCCACAUACUGACUUGAAUUUAUAUAUUUUAUUAAAUACAUUGUUAAAAUAUUUAUAAAGGAGUACUAUUUUUGUAUUACAUCUAAACUUACAGUACUGGUUGCUCUUGUGUUUAGGGAGAAAUCCUGACCUCUGCUGGACACUGACACACUAUAUACAGCUUCAUAUAAUGUGCAUUCAUAAAUACCACAUUAUUUUCCUUAUUAUUUGUAGUAAUGACUAAGGUAAGCAUCACUGUAACUGUUUCUCAUACUUAGCGUUCAACAAAUCUAAGUCAUCUAAUGAACCAAAACACAGUUAAGACCUGAUAAUGAUCUCAAUUGACUUGGGCCAUUAAGAAACCAUCCAGAAAUGCUCAUAGAAUCAUACUAAAAAUACUCAAGACACCUUAGUAGCUAUUUAACAAUGUGCUAAAAUGCUCUAAACACUUUGGCAACCACAUAGCAAUGUGCUUGAAAACACUUAAUUAAAAAACUUAAUUAUGGUGGGAAUCUUGGCAUGGACAAGCAUCACUCACAAUUUUUUUUAAAAAAAGUUUAAAAAAUCUACAAUACUGUAAAAAUACAGUUAAUAUUUAAAUUUGGUGGUGAAAUAUAAUAUGUAAAUUUAUAAAAACGUGUGGUGUGGAUGUGAAUUCUUCCUCUCCUGAAACUCUUCUUUAUGCUGGUUUUCAAACAAAAUUCCAUUAGAAUUUCACAAAUGGAGUAAUUUAUAAAAAAAAAAAAAAAAGAACUGUGGCGAUAGAUGGGUUAAAUGGAAUUGAGUACACCAUGAUGCUUAACAAACUUAAAACGCCCUGAGAGCUGUUUACAGUGCCAUCUGGAAACCUUGUCAAACAAAGUGUUGUUGACUUUUGCACAGUUGACUGUCUCGCAAACACACUCGUCCAGGAGAACUUAAAGACGGAGGACGCACUUUUGCAGCUUAUUUGCUGUUCAAAAACGGGUACAACUGAAGAUGGAAGAAAAACUUUCGGACGAAAAAGUGAAAUCUAUGCUUGCCCCUUGGAGGUUUUCCAUCAGGGCACCUGGAUUUGAAAACAGGCUGGUGACUGCUCUACAGCUGUUUGAACGUUUCCCUUUAGAUAUAGCUGUGACCGGAGGAACACCGGAGGCUAAUGCUCAGCUGGCUUCUGCAAUCUGUGGGCCGGCGGAGGAAAUCGAAGAGGAGGAAUGGGAAACUGAUGAUGAAGGUGAUGAGGAGGAAGAAACAGAUGAGGAAGAAGAAUCAGACUGUGAAGAAGAUGGAAGUGCAGAUGAGGAAUACAGUAUAAAGUCUAAGUUAAAUACUAUUCACUACCGCAGUAGUAGUAAGAAACGUGUUCGGAUAGCAGAGCAUGCAGAAUAUAUAGGGAGGGGUGUUCCUGAUUUUGACUCUGUGAUUUUACACCGUCAAAUCCCAAAUGUUCGUGUGUGGACCGUGCAGGGCCAUCCAACCUCAAAUUCCAUCAUUACCCAGACCAACCAGCAGUAUGACUCCACAUGCUAUGAUGUUCUGGUGGUUCUCACUACAGAACAGCACAAGGAGGACCACAUGUGGCUCAAAAUGGAAUUGCAUGGCAGAGAUCAGCCUUUUUUUCUGGUUCAAGCUGAGCGGGACUGGGACGUGGUCGAGGAGAAGCCUACAGGGCCGUGCAUGACAUGUGCCUGGGAACGAAUGAGAGCUCGCAAGCUGGAGUUGCAGAAGAGAAGUAAAGAAGUAUUUGGAGAGACGGCUGAUUUAGAAGCAGACAGCCAGAAUCCUUCAAAUGCUUCCCAAGAUCCAGAGUUAGUGAAGAUGAAGGAUAUCACCAAGGUGCUUGCUGAAGCCCUGCCUCAGCUUCGGAAGAAGGCUUUUAGUCAGUUUCUGGUGGCGAUUACAAAGGAACUUCGGAUUCCUAAAUUACUGACUGAUGACACACAGUUUGUGGUCUCUACUGCUUUGCGGUCCAAGAAGAUAAACCAGGAUGAUCUUGAUCAGAUCACCAAGCUCUCGCAAAUGAGAGAUCUCACAGACAAUCCUUCCAAGCUUCAGGCCAUCCUUGCAGCUCUCGAUCACUUCCGGCUGGAUAUCGGUGUGCUGGGUGAGACAGGUUGUGGCAGCUCCAGCUUGGUCAAUGCCCUCUUGGGCCUGGAGAAAGGUGAUGAACAAGCUUCCUCAACCGGUGUCACUGAAACAACUAAAGAGGCUGAGAAGUAUUCCUACCCAUCCCCCAAUGUCCGUCUUUGGGACCUUCCUGGGCUUGGAAAAAUCGGUGAUCUUGGCAGCCUGUCCUCUGCAUCCAGCUCUUCUGAAGAUCAACGCAUAACAUCUGCGCUCUCUUUGUGUGAUGUAUACAUACUGGUAUCUCCUUUGAGGCUUAGAUUGGGAGCAAUACAGUUGUUGCAGCAAGCAUUAUCCCUAGGGAAAGAAUGUUACCUGAUGCUUUCCAUGGCAGACUUGAUUGAGGAGCAGUCCAUUGUGGAGGUGAGGCAAUGGGCUAAAGAAGUCUUGGGUAAACUGGGUCUCCAGCAGAGUUUAUUUCUGGUGUCUGCUCACCAUCCCGAAACCUUGGACUUACCCAAGCUAAAGGAGACGUUGAAUGCAGCCUUUCCAAGUCAUAAGAAAGUCGCUCUUGCCAGAUAUGCAGCAAAGCAACUGGAUGGCGAUGUUUUCUGGAAAAGAUCAGAUUCUUGCACAUUUAUGUAAAAAGUCUU